UGCGCCUUUCCGCGACUGCCCUCUAGUUCAUAAUCUCACCUCGUUCUUCUCCAGAAGUCCAGGACUUAGGGACAAUGGCUUCCAAACGAUCAUACACCGACAUCUUGGCAUCUAUUGAUCCCGCCCAAUUUGACUGGCCCGCUUACGAAGGCACAUACAAAGGCCGAGCCCUUAUAACCCGGUAUGCUCAUCUUGUAAACACCUGUGUUGCCUACCCUUCCCUAUCGGCCUCUGAGCUUGCAAAAACGGCAUUGCUCAAGCUAAUCCCACUCGUCAAGUCAUCCACAUGGGAUAUCAACACUUACCUCUGGGCUGUAUCUGUCCUUUUUACUAUCGUUCACCCUGGUCAGAGAUGGAAGGCUGCCGAGGAAAUGGAAGUGGACAGAGAAGAGGAUGACGAAGGUGGAAUCACUAAAAUCACGUCGAGAGGUAUCCCUCCUGGAGAAGGGAAGGAGGAAGAUGGGUUCCCUGAUGAGAGAUGGAUAAAUGAGACGAGGGACACUGUAGCGAAAGAGGUUUCGAGACUUGAUGUAGAGCUGAGAGGGUAUAUGAGCAACCUUAUUAAGGAAAGCAUCCGUUUGACGCAACUUGCAUUUGCAGAAUUAGCUUUCAAGGUCGGCAAAGUGCGUGAAGCUCUCAACUACUAUGCCGCCACGCGAGAGUAUAGCUCUACCCCUCAGCACCACGUCGAUCUUGGUGUGGGCGUCGUAGAGACUUGUCUUGCGUUCAACUACCCGGCACCCCUUUCAGGCCACAUCGCCAAACUCGAAACCACGCUUGACCGUCUCCAUCCACCUCCUCACACUCAGUCCAAACAGCAAGCUGGCCUCAGCACGACCGCUUCGGACUUGCGGGAACGUCAAGCCGAAGAAAGCCGCUCUCAGGCGGCGAGGAGGAGUGUGAUGGUGAGAGCCAAGGUAGGAAAAGGGCUCAUCAGCGCGAGUCAAAAAGAUUGGGCUAGGGCUGGGAGAGAGUUGGGAUGGAUUGAGGAGGAUGAAGGCGGGUUAGGCGAUUGGGAAGGCAAGGCCAUUUCCACGAGCGAUCUGGCCCUCCUUAGUGCUUUCUAUGUCCUUGCAUCAUCUGAUCGCAGUCGUAUACGUCGAGUACUUCUUGAUCGAGCGACGUUCAAAAAUCAGCUCGAUGAUUCACAAGGAUGGAUUGUCGACUUGGUCAGAGCGUAUGUUGACGCGAAUUACGAACAAGUUAUGUCUCUCCUUCAGUACUCCGAGCCAAUUCUUCUCCUUAAUCCCUUCCUCUCGUCCUGCACCCGCUCCAUCAUCUCAUGUAUUCAGACCCGUUCCAUCAUCCAAUAUGUCCAACCAUUCUCGACUAUCCGCAUUCAGACUAUGACCCAAGCAUUUGGGAUGGAAGGAGACAAGAUGUUGGAUGUCAUUGAGAAGCUGAUUGGGGAUGGGGAUGUUGGAGCGAAGAUUGAUUUGAUUGAUAACGUGUUGGUGAUGGAUACACCCGAUCCGAGGGCAGAGAUGUUUGAAAAGGCGUUGAAAGCGGGACAAAGGAGCUCCGAGCUUGCUAAAGCAUCACUUUUGCGCAUGAAGCUUACGGAAGCUGGGAUCACCGUUAAUCCUCAUGCUGAGAGUAUCAGUACCGAGAUAUCCGGCAAACAGCAACAGCAGCAGCAGCCACCACUAGGCCCUGAUGCCACAGCCACAAGCACAACCACAGCCGUGCAAGUACCGGGAACUGCUAUGGCAGAAGAUCAAUCAGCGGGAGAUGUUGUGAUGCAGGCUACUGGGGAGCCGAAUGGCGAGCACGUGGCUUAGAGGACCACUGUUUGGGUCGUAGUUGUCGUUCUCCCAGGCAUCCGUAUAAGGAAGUCGAGAAAUACUCCAAGAGAUGCUAGUUGUAUUAUAGCAAUACAGGAUAACCAAAAAUCAUGACCAUGCGCUUACCAACAUGCAAAGA